AUGGGCCUGGGGCUUGAGGGGCAGGACGCGAGUGGCUGCGAACAUUCCGGCGGCUGCCACAGGCCACGGGCGGCGUGCGGGCCGGCAGCUGCGAGCGCGGCGCGCGGCGACGCCGCGGCUGCGGGCUCCUGCGGCGCGGGGCAGUGGCAGGGGCCCUGGGGCCGCGCGUUCAUCAACACGGCGCGGGAGAUCUACAAGAAGAUCCAGGACGGCGUGUUUGACGUUUCGAACGAGUCCUACGGAAUCAAGGUUGGGUACGGCGCCGGCGGCCCCAACCCCGCGACUAUCAAACCCGGGGAAGGCCAGCCGGCAAAGGCCUCCAGCAGCUGCUGCUGA